GCAGGCGAAAGCAGUGGGGCGUGGGAGCCGCGUGGAGCCACCUCUGAACCGACCAGGACCCGGAGCGCGCAGCGCCGCCGCCCCAGCCAGCGUAACUUCUGCCCCCGUCGCCCGCCUGCCAGGGCGCGGCUGGAUGUGGCGGGGGCCCCGCGGCGGCGGCCCCCGGCCCCCAGCGCCCGGAGCGCCCAGGGCCGGCGUACGGCGCCCGGGGGCGCCGCGCCCUCCAUGCGCCAGGGCGCGCCCCGAGACAGCCGGGGGCCCGCGUCGCAGCCGCCGCCGCCGGCGCGGCGGCUCGCGCUGAGCCCCGGCCGGACCCGCGGCCUGCGCCUGGCGGCAGUAUGAGCCAGGCCGAGCUGUCCACCUGCUCGGCGCCGCAGACGCAGCGCAUCUUCCAGGAGGCCGUGCGCAAGGGUAACACGCAGGAGCUGCAGUCGCUUCUGCAAAACAUGACCAACUGCGAAUUCAACGUGAACUCUUUCGGGCCGGAGGGCCAGACGGCGCUGCACCAGUCGGUCAUCGACGGCAACCUGGAGCUCGUGAAACUGCUGGUCAAGUUCGGCGCCGACAUCCGCCUGGCCAACCGCGACGGCUGGAGCGCGCUGCACAUAGCCGCGUUCGGCGGCCACCAGGACAUCGUGCUCUAUCUCAUCACCAAGGCCAAGUACGCGGGCAGCGGCCGGUGAUGCCCGCCAGGACCCGGACCCCAGCCUCGACGCGGACCCGGACGCGGGCCCCGCGCGUGUCGUCUCUGCUGUACCUUCCCGCCAACUACCUCGGUGUGCGCCGGCCCCUGCGGCCACGGCGACGCCGGCGCGCACGUCCGCGCCCACGGGGGCCUCACGGGGCCCGCUGCCCCGGGUAGGCGCCCCCGCGCGACCGCCCGGACCCGCCCGAGAGCUUCCCACGGCCCCGCCCGCGCUUUGCGGGGGUGGGGGCGGGGCGCGGGCUCCAGCCCCUUUGAAAUCUGAGUCUCGCCACCACCAAGUUCGGAAUCCCGAGACACCGGAUCCUCCGCUCAAAAUGUUUUCUGCUGAAGGUGGAGGGCGGAUGGUGGACAAGCAGCGGACGCGCGGUGGAGGGGCGCCCGCAGCCCUAAACUAUUUAUCGUGUGUGUAGUGUAUUUGUGGGUGAGGUUCGUGUGCCUGACUGUUUUGUUUGAAAAGUAUGGUGCGUGGUCGUUGUGGAUAUGGGGGGAAUGGUGCAUUUUUUUUUUUUCCUAGUCUUAAAACUAAAAACUUGAGUCUGUCAUUUCUUGGUUGCACUGAAAAUACCUACCAGCCUGAUGGUGUUCCCGUGCUGGUCACUCCCUCCCCUCCCCCACCCGCCUCCCACGUCUCUGCCCUCCCCUCCUGACACACACACACACACACACGUGAGUUUGGAAGCCCUAGGCCUCCCUCCGUCAGCUCCUGAGAGAGGCCACCAUCCCCCAAACUUAGUUUUGCAAAGCGCGCGGAAGGCUGGGUGCUCGGGUGCGGCGGCGAUGGGGGAGGGGGAAUCGUACCUUUUCUAGUGUGUUCUCUUGUAGGUUACAGUCUUGCACACUUUUUUUUAAGUAAAUGGAUUUGCCACAAUUAAAUGUCAUAACAUUUAUGACAAAAUAUAAAAUAUUAACAUUUUAAGCCAA